CUAAGAAAGGCUCAUUACAUUUGAAGCCUAAGAAACCACCACCCCACCUCUUACUUGUCGGCAACCACACGAAUGUCUGUCUCCCUUUUCGAUUUAGUACCAGAAAGUAUUGAACUUUUCAGUCCUUAAAGACGGCGACGACGACAACUGCAACGCCGCCGGCGAAGUCAAACUAUGAGUCAAGCUGAGACUGAGAAGCACAAUUGAAGAUUAGAAGCCCCACGAAUUCAGCAGCGGAGAUAAGCUGAAUUUAAGGCAUCCCCAGAAGAUCAAAUGUUGGUCCAGGAUCGGGCAGUGCCAAAAUCACCGAAAUCGCCGAAAUCCCAGAUCAGAGCUCUCCCCACGCUGCACCGGAAGCACCACCGUUUCUCCGAGGCCAAAAGCCUUGACUUUUCGACAUGGGUUUCUGAUAAUUUCUACAAAAUUGUUACAAUAUGUAUCCUGAUAUUCACCGUUGCAGCCGUCUUCUUCCUCUACAACUCCACCGACACGGCUUCUUUCCUCCGGCUCCAGUCCAAGACGCAGCAGUCUCUUGAUUCUAUCUCUCUCCCUCAAAUCAAGUGGAAUUCGAUUGCAACCAUUAGUGAUAAGUUGUCUCCUUACGCCAAUUUUCGAUCAGAGCAAUGGAUUGUGGUGUCUGUGUCGGAUUAUCCGUCUGAUUUGUUGAAGAAGAUGGUCAAGAUUAGGGGGUGGCAGGUGUUGGCAAUUGGGAAUUCUAGGACGCCCAAGGAUUGGAGCUUGAAAGGUGCCAUUUUUUUGUCUUUAGAUGAGCAAGCUAAUUUGGGGUUCCGUGUUGUGGAUUACUUACCGUAUGAUUCUUAUGUUAGGAAGAGUGUGGGUUAUUUGUUUGCUAUCCAACAUGGUGCAAAGAAGAUCUUUGAUUGUGAUGAUCGUGGGGAGGUGAUUGGUGAUGAUUUAGGGAAGCAUUUUGAUGAAGAAUUGGUGGGGAAGGGAGCUAGGCAGGAGUCUAUAUUGCAAUAUAGUCAUGAUAAUCCUAAUAGGACUGUAGUGAACCCAUAUAUCCAUUUUGGGCAAAGGUCAGUUUGGCCUAGGGGAUUGCCACUGGAGAAUGUAGGUGAAAUUGGGCAUGAGGAGUUUUACACAGAGGUCUUUGGUGGCAAGCAGUAUAUACAACAAGGGAUUUCCAAUGGGUUACCUGAUGUUGAUUCUGUGUUUUAUUUUACCAGAAAGUCGGGUUUGGAAGCAUUUGAUAUUAGAUUUGAUGAGCAUGCACCAAAAGUGGCAUUGCCACAAGGUAUGAUGGUGCCAGUGAAUUCAUUUAAUACCAUGUAUCAUUCAUCAGCAUUUUGGGCUUUGAUGCUUCCUGUUUCUGUUAGCACCAUGGCUUCUGAUGUUUUGAGGGGUUAUUGGGGACAGAGGCUUUUGUGGGAGAUUGGUGGUUAUGUUGUUGUUUACCCACCAACAAUUCAUAGGUAUGAUAGAAUUGAGGCAUAUCCAUUUUCAGAGGAGAAGGAUCUUCAUGUGAAUGUAGGCCGUUUGAUCAAAUUCCUGGUAUCAUGGAGGUCAAACAAGCAUGGGUUGUUUGACAAGAUAUUGGAAUUAAGUUAUGCUAUGGCAGAAGAGGGGUUUUGGACUGAGAAGGAUCUCAAGUUCACUGCUGCUUGGCUUCAGGACUUGCUCGCUGUGGGGUAUCAGCAGCCAAGGUUGAUGUCACUGGAAUUGGAUAGGCCACGGGCAAAUAUUGGUCAUGGUGAUCGUAGGGAAUUUGUCCCUCAAAAAUUGCCAUCUGUUCAUCUUGGAGUGGAGGAAACAGGAACAGUUAAUUACGAGAUUGGGAAUUUAAUUCGUUGGAGGAAAUAUUUUGGAAAUGUUGUGCUUAUCAUGUUUUGCAAUGGUCCAGUGGAGCGAACUGCCUUGGAGUGGAAAUUGCUUUAUGGUCGAAUAUUCAAAACUGUUAUUAUUUUAUCUGGGCAGAAAAAUUCAGAUUUAGCUGUCAAACAAGGUCGAUUGGAUCAUGUUUAUAAGUAUCUGCCCAAGAUAUUUGAUCAAUAUAGCAGUGCUGAAGGCUUUUUAUUCCUUGAAGAUGAUACUAUACUUAAUUACUGGAAUCUUCUACAAGCAGACAAGUCAAAACUUUGGAUUACUGAUAAGGUGUCCAAGUCUUGGACUACCGUAUCAACUAAUGGAAAUUCCGAGUGGUAUUUAAAACAAGCAGAAAUGGUAAAGAAAGUAAUCAGCACAAUGCCAGUCCACUUCCAAGUGAAUUAUAAAGAAGUAAUGAAGAAUGACCAGAGCUUGACAAUAUGCAGCUCCGAGAUAUUCUACAUACCUCGACACUUCACAGCUGACUUUGUUGAUCUUGUCAGUCUGGUUGGUGAUCUUGAUAUCCAUCACAAGGUUGCCAUACCCAUGUUCUUUGUAUCUAUGGAUUUGCCUCAGAAUUUUGACUCAGUGCUCAACACAAUGGUCUACAAGCAGAAAUCGCCUACUAAUUCAACACAUUAUUCUGCACAAGCGCCUGCAGUUCAUCCAUGGAACGUUUCAAGUGAACAAGAUUUCAUAAAACUAAUCAGAAUAAUGGCCGAAGGUGAUCCUCUCUUAAUGGAGUUGGUUUGAAGGUAAAAAUAGACUUCUCUGAUGCAUAAAGAAACUGCAGUAGGAGGGGGAAACGGAAACCGUGUACCACAUUGUAACUGUAAUACCAAAUUCUGUUCUUUUGUUUUCUUUUUACCUUAAUUUUUUCAUAAGGGGAGGGUUUUGCUUUUGUAACUUCUGUAGAUUUACGGUUGUUUGAUUCAUUUACUGAUAUGGGGAUUUCCCCCUAGAGAAAAUGUGUUGAUCUUGUCAUUUUGGCUCAUGAAUAUAUGAGAAAAGUGUUG